UAUGUCUUACAUCCGAUGGUUUCAUUGUGCUUUUCCCUAAGCCCUUAAAUAAUAAUUAAAACAUUAAUCCGAUUUACAUUAGAGGAUUCUAAGAGGUCAUGGGCCAUUUGUUCCUCAAAUAAUUAAAAUUAGUGUUUUACCGAUAAGUUUCGCGGCUCAGUUGUCAAAAAAAGUUAACUUAACCUAAAAGUGCCCACGCGCUGCGUGGCAAGUUUUUAUCUUUUCAGCCAUUUCAGCCUAAAUUAUCAUUAAAUCAUGGCCUCGCAAAUAUCAAUGGGCACAAUUGAGAAGUUGAUUGGCAGGGAAAACUAUCCGACAUGGAAAUUUGCGGUCAAGAACUACUUGGAACACGAAGACUUGUGGGAUACUAUCGAACCAAGUGCCGAUUAUGUAGCAGACAACAAGAAGGAUAUAAAGGCGAAGUCGAAAAUAAUACUUCUGAUUGAUCCAAUUAACUACGUUCAUGUACAGGAGGCGACCACGGCGAAACAGACACUUUGGAUGAGAAUCGCUGGUAUAUCGACUCUGGCUGUUCUUACCACAUGUGUAGGGACAGAAACUGGAUGUACAAUGUUACUCCGGCAACAAUAAGUAGCAUUAAAGUGGCAGAUAAGAAGACUUUAAAAGUGGAAGGAUGUGGCAAUGUUAACUUGCAAAUAAAAGACUCCGAAGGCAAACCUCAGACAAUUCAGGUUAGAAAUGUGUUAUAUGUACCUACUCUGGCAACCAAUUUACUUUCUGUAAGUGAGAUGACAAAUAAUGGCUGUGUGCUUCAAUUUGAAAAAGAUGUCUGUACAGUCUACCAAAAUAAAAGACUGAUUUUGACAGCUUUUAAGUGCAAUAACAUGUAUCUUUUGAAAGAAAUUUCUGUAGCACCGGCAUUUUUAUCAACUGUUGAAGAACAAGAUAUAAAUAUUUGGCACCUUCGAAUGGCUCAUCUGAACUUCACUGAUUUACAAAAAAUAGUUGAUUGUACAGAGGGUGUUAAAUUAUCAAAGAAAGGCAGCCAAGUCUGUACAACCUGUAUGGCAGGUAAAAUGAAACGACAACCAUUUAAAAAUGUUGGAACCAGGGCUACCGAACCUUUGCAACUAAUUCACACCGAUGUUUGUGGACCGAUGGAAACUAGCUCUAUAGGAGGUUCCAAAUAUUAUGUCAAUUUUAUCGACGAUUAUAGUAGGAAAGUUUAUGUGUAUUUUAUGAAAAAUAAAUCUGAAACUUUACAGAGCUUUAAGGAUUUUAAAAACCUAGUAGAGAAUGAGACUGGAA